AUGCUGCGCUCAAUGCGCUCGUCGCUCGGAUUGGGCUCUAGGGCUCGUGCCGCCUAUCGAAGUGCCGCCGCCCGCACUGUCCCUACUCCGACUUACUUCUCCCGAGGCAAUGCUACUGCUGCCACCCCUGUGAAGACUGAGGCUAAGCAGGAGGCUAAGCAGCAGUAUGUCACUCUUCAAGAGAUCGACAGGCUCUUGACCCACAUCAGCCAAUCGUCGAAGAAGGCCAAGGAUGACACGCCCCUCGUUAUGCGCGCCCAUCCAGUCCCCUGGAUGAAGCCGGAGUACAUCACUCCAGAGCUUUCUGGUCAGGCUGCCAAGAAGAAGGAGGAAGUCCCUCCUCUCACUGCCGAGGAGAAGAAGCAGUUUAUGGCCCCCAAGCACAUGUCGGCCAGCUACACUAGCUUUGUGCUUCCCCUCGCCUCCAACCCUCGUCUGUACGACAAGUACGUCAACUUUGCCGGCGGUUUCCAGCACCUUGACUCGCUCGCCGGAGCUGUCGGAUAUCGUCACUGUCUCGCUCGCGACGACAGGGAUGCCAGCGAGGACUUCCACAACCAAUCCGCCAGGGCCGGUAUCUUCAUCGCUACCGCCAGCGCUGACCGUCUGGACAUGUUCGGAUGCCUGAACCACGAGAACGUCCGUGACUUGAAGUUCUCCGGCUUCGUUACCUGGACCGGACGGUCGUCCAUGGAGGUCUUCGUCAAGAUGGAGGGCAUGGGCAAGCCUGGAACUGACAAGACCGACACCCUUAUGCUCGGAAGGUUCUCCAUGGUGUGCCGUGACUCGCACACUUACAAGGCUCACCCGGUCCCCCCGCUCAUCGUCGAGACUCCCGAGGAGCAGGCGCUCUGGGACAUCGGUCAGGCGCACAAGGAGGAGCGCGGCCGUUUGAGCAAGCUCACGUUGGACAAGCAGGCUCCCUCUGGCGAGGAGUCUAGGGAUCUCCACAGCUUCAUGCUUGCUACUCGCGGAAAGCACGAGCUCGACGGAAAGAAGCUCAUCAAGAUGAAGGACACCGAGAUGUCUUCCGUCCAGAUCAUGUUCCCCCAGGAGCGCAACCUGCACGGCAACGUUUUCGGUGGCUUCCUCAUGCGACAGGCCUUCGAGCUUGCGUUCACGAACGCCGCCGUCUUCGCUGGAAAGCCUCCGCGCUUCCUUGCCCUCGACAAGAUCGAGUUCAAGCUCCCCGUCCCCAUCGGCGCUAUCCUUUGGCUCAAGUCCAAGGUCGUUUACUGCGAGGAGCCCACUGGCGGACCCUAUGGCGAGGCCAAGAUGCACAUCAUCGUCAAGGCCGAGGUCGAGGACGUCAAGACCGGCUCGCGCAACGAGACGAACACGUUCUUCUUCACCAUGGUCAAGGACAACAUGGAGAAUCUGAAGAAGAUUGUUGUGCCCGACACCUACAUCGAGGCCAUGCAGUACCUCGAGGGCGAGCGCCGUAUCGAGGUUGGCGAUGAGGUCAGGCGCCUGUACCAGGCUGGCGUUCAUUAA